GGGCGGCCCUGCCCCGGGGGCGGAGAGGGGCCAGCCCGCUCGGGCGGAGGCAGGGCCGGGCCCCCGCCCGCUCCGGCGGCCGGGGGAGCUGCGCCAGCGCGGCUGGGCGGUGGUGGCGCCGGCCCUCCCCGCCCUCGCGUUCAACUGGUGGGACCCCCCCCCCUCUCCGCCCUCGGCGGCGGCGCGGCGCGCGGGAGGCGGCGGGACGAAGCCUCUAGCGCGGGGGGGGGGCGGCGGCGGCGGCGGCGGCGGCGGGGCCCGGCCCGGCCCGGCCCGGCGGGGGGCCCGCUCGGCUUGGCUGGGCUCGGCCCGGCCCGGCGCGGCUCGGCGGGGCGGGCGCCGCUGGCGGAGGAUGCGGGCGGCGGCCCGGCGGCGCGGGCGGCUGCAGGCGGGCGGCGGGCAGCGGCGCGGCGCCUGACCGCAGGGCUCCGCUCCGCUCCCGAGGAUGCUGGGGGGCGAUGCCCGGCGACAGGGAGGACGAGAUCUGCCAGAAAGCGCUGCAGCUGCUGGCCGAGCUGUGCUCCGUCGGGGCGGUGGAGAACGAGAACUGCCGGGAUUUCAUCUACUACCUGCGGGACAGAGCCCGGCCCCGCCUCACCGACUCAGAUAUCUCAAUAAGCUUGCUCUCCCUAGUUGUCACAGCCUGUGGUCUUGCUCUGUUUGGUGUCUCUCUGUUCGUGUCCUGGAAGCUUUGUUGGAUCCCUUGGCGAGAGCGUGGUCUGCCUUUUGGGAGCAAAGACAACAAACAAGAAUCCCUGAACUACACAGAUACAGAGACCAAUGAGCAUGACUACAGUGAGGAUUAUCUGGGUCAGCCUACAGCCUAUCCAGAGUCCUCCAUGAAGAUCAGCCACACCUCCCCUGAUAUUCCAUUAGAUGCUCAGGUGGGAACGAAGGAGAACUGUGUACACAAUGUGCGGAUGCAUCGCCAGAUCACUGAACCAACCUCUUCUGCUCGGCAUAAUUCAAUCCGAAGACAGCUGAACCUCUCCAACCCUGACUUCAACAUCCAGCAGGUUCAGAAACAGGAGCAACUGACGGGGAUUGGCCGCAUUAAGCCAGAGCUAUAUAAACAAAGAUCAGUGGACACAGAUGAUGGCCGGAGGAGUAAUAGCAAGGCAUGUGGAAAACUGAACUUUAUUCUGAAAUACGACUGUGAUUUAGAGCAACUGAUAGUGAAGAUACACAAGGCCAUCAACCUGCCAGCAAAGGACUUCUCUGGAACUUCAGAUCCAUAUGUGAAGAUAUAUCUGCUUCCUGAUAGGAAAACAAAACACCAAACUAAAGUGCACAGAAAGACCCUAAAUCCAGUAUUUGAUGAAGUUUUUUUAUUUACUGUCCCAUACAAUGAUCUGAACGCAAGAAAACUCCAUUUCUCUGUGUAUGACUUUGACAGAUUCUCCAGGCAUGACUUGAUUGGCCAAGUGGUAGUGGAUAAUUUUUUAGAUUUGGCAGAUUUUCCCAGGGAAUGUAAUAUUUGGAAGGAUAUUGAAUAUGUCACCAAUGAUAAUGUGGAUCUUGGUGACCUGAUGUUUUCACUCUGCUACCUUCCAACAGCUGGCAGACUAACUAUUACAAUAAUAAAGGCAAGAAAUUUAAAGGCAAUGGAUAUCACAGGAGCAUCAGAUCCCUACGUGAAGGUUUCUUUAAUGUGUGAAGGAAGGCGACUAAAGAAAAGAAAAACUUCCACCAAGAGGAAUACCCUUAAUCCCGUUUACAAUGAAGCCAUAGUCUUUGACGUCCCUCCAGAAAACAUUGACCAAAUUAACUUGUCGAUAGCUGUUAUGGAUUAUGACCGUGUAGGUCACAAUGAGGUCAUUGGAGUAUGUCAAGUAGGCAACGAUGCAGAAAGUCUAGGUCGUGACCACUGGAACGAAAUGCUCUCAUACCCUCGGAAACCCAUUGCUCACUGGCAUCCUCUUGCAGAGGAAUCAAGUGGGGGAGGGUGUCCAGCGCAUCCAGGCUGUGCAGAGAAAUAUAUACACAGCAUAUCAUUUUGGUUCCUGAAUCAGGAUUAGACUCAGCGAGAGCUUCUGGAACCUCUGUGGCCACAGCCAUAGGACCCUGAAUAUUUGCUGAAUAGGACCCUCAGUCUUCUACUGUGUGAAGAGCUAUUGGUUUCAUGUAGCGUAAUGUUAUCCACUUGUAGCAUUAAUUCUCCAGCUGACACUAUUGCUACUGUUAGAUUAUUUGUAUGGUCGUAAGCAUUACCCAAGUUCAAGUCAUAAUUUCUGUUCAUUAGAAUAACCCAGGUUUUACAAGCAACCUGAUAGCAAUGAAAACCAACAAGUAUUGGGAACAGCAACAAAUAUGGUUCUUGUAUUUGCAAAAAAGGUGCAGUAUCAUGAAAAUAUAGCUUUCUAAAUAUUUUUUUAUCAAGAAUGAUUGUCAUCAGACAUUUAUUUUUUGAUGACAAGUAGCAUCCUCAGUCUCAGUUGGUGCCUCCUUUCACCUUACACAAAAACAAAUCAAUAUGGUUCUUUGCAGAAACCCUUCAAAUCUGAAAUAAAGUUCUGUUGGGUGAGAACAAGAUAUAUAUGGUAUUUGUAAUGACAGUAUGUUCUUUUAGAAAGAAGAUAGCCAUCUGUAUAACACAGAGGCUGUUAGCCCUCAACCUUUGUAGAUGAUUUUCCAGUCAAGAUUUCUAAGUUGUGUCCGUGACACUGCAAAAAGUUGGAAGCUCAUCACAGGUGGCUAUGCUCUAUCAUACACACAAGCACACACGUGCGUGCACAUGCACACACUCACACUCACAGAGUCAUUUUAAAAUGCUGUUCCAAAUAUAUAGUGCCUAUGAAGACUUUCUUUAUUUGUAGUAGAAUUAACAGGGCUAUCUUACAUGAUGGUAUAUUGUAAAUGCUGACAAAGUCUGACCAUUAAAAAAAAAAAAAUCAAAGCACUGAACUCCUGCACAUAAUGAAAUCUGCGUCCCAGAACAAGGGCCCCUGGGAUAGAUUUUUGCCACUUAUUUAGCCAUGCAUGGAGCUCUCCCUUCCUUCAAACUUUUCUAGAGAGAAUUUUAUUCACGUUUUUACAUGGGAAUUUUUAUUUUUAAAAUGCAAAUGCAAAGUAUGGGUAUUUUAUAUAAUCUAGUUGCCUGCUACGUACUUACAGAUAGGGACCCCGUCUCUUUACAUACAGUUCAGAUAAGUUUAUGUGCACACACAUUGCUUCGUAUCUUGUAUGCGUUGAAUGCUCACCAAGCAUUUUGGGUUUGCAGUUUUGCUGACACAAAUAUGCAUGCAUGAAUUGAAGAAAAUAUUUGAAAUGUUGAUCCAAAUCUGAAAAAUUACUUUUAUAACCUAUCAAUUGAGGAUAUUCCAGAAAAUCAGAAUUGCUAAUGGGUAAAGCACAGUUUGGCACUUGCAGGAAAUCUUGGAUCUGUUGUAAAUGUGUGCUGCAGCUAUAAAGCAGAAGUUCUGUAAGUACGGUGGUUUGCAAAAAUCUCAUGGCACAGCCAUAGGUCAAUACAGCUACCACACACAAGGAUACCCCUGGCAAAGUAAACAACUCUUCAAAACCUGUCCAAGCAAAAUUUCAGAUGGGAACUGGGCAUUUCCAGAAGAACAAAACAUACAGCUCAAAGGGGCAUCAGCUGAAAAGCAGUAUCAUUAUAAUUGCCAGUGAUAUUUAUUUUAUUACCAUGUUGAGUUUAUUUAAUGCUCAAGGGUCUAGCAUGAAGAGAAUGAUUUUGAUCACAGUUCUCUUACAAAAAAAAAAAAGUAAGAAAUUUCUGUUCAGUGAGCAUUUAAAGAGGGAUCCUGUGCACCUCAAAGACUUAGGGAUGAGGAAGAAAAUAUAGUGUUCUAUUAAAAUCUCCUAAUUCUUGUGCACUCAUGACUUGCAAACUGUUACUCAGGCUGUGACAUUACUAUGUGCAUUUUACAAAUAUCUGCCUUAUCAUAGCAGUGCAUAUGUGGAAUGAUACCUAUUUUCUAUAUUUGGAUACUUCACUCUUCACCUUCAUACUCCACUUAACCAAUGCUAUUCCCUAGACCUGAAAUAUUUUCAUGUUACGGUUCUGGUGGGCCAGUACACUGCUGCUGUCUUUGGACUGUAGCACCAUAACACAACAGCACAUUAGAAGGAACAGAGGAUCUACUGCUACCAAAUCAGCUGGAAACCCAGAGAAAACUAUGAUCCCAACACUGUUCAGUCUUUCUUUUCUGAACUAUGAUUCUCAGAGGUAAAUUAGUAGAAGGCUCACAAGAAUAAUUUCAAUCUGCAACCCUCAUUUGUUUUCUUAUUUCUUGUGAAUGCAUAAUUAUACUGUAUGACAGGUAUUGAAAUUCUAAAACAGAAAAGGAAAUCCCUUAGAAAUGCAUCUCAGCAAGAUUUUAAUCCCACUUCACUCAUUAACAAUGUGCUAUUAAACUGUUACUUUUAGUUUUCCAUAACAAGUCACAAUUUCAAAUGUUGCUUUAUGAAAAAGCAGUGAGUGUCAAUGGGAAAGCCUUCCAAGCUAUUGACACUGAGGCAGAGUGUAAUGGGCAGUUGUGUGAUAUCCCAUGCCAAAAUACUCACAGCACAAACCUUCUGCAGUUGAGUGCUCAAAUAUUUCUUUAUCUGUUUCCACUGGAAUCACAAGAUAUUGAAAACCUCUCUGUUCUCUUUGGUUUCAUUUUCCCCUGUAAAUAAUCCUGGCAGUGGACAAACACACAUGCAUCUCAAUCCGGGGAAGCAGGGACUACCAGACACUUCAGCUUUCUAUGCCAGUGGAUCCAUAAAACAGCAAAGCAGUACAUGUGAGAAAUUUGUUACAUAGAGGUCCAAUUUAACUAUCAGCAGGGGAACUGCUGAUUCAAUACAAAGUGAGCUGACAGCAGAGAGUAACACAAAAGAAUGAGAAAUAAGAGGUUAUUUUAGUCCCCCCCCUUCUUGAGGGGAUAGUUGUUGGGUUUUUUUUUUGUUGUUGUUUUUGUUCUUUGUUUUUUGGUUUGGUUUGGUUUCAUUUGUGUGUUUUUAAACACCAAACAUGACAUGUAGCUGUAUUAACAUGAGCACACAAAAUCAAAGGUACAAAUACAUGUUUAUCACUUGGCAACAUUAGAGCACUGAGGGGACCUAUUUGCUAUUGAAAAAAAAAAAAACCUGCAAACUCUCUUUUAGUUGAAAAGUAACAAAAAAUAAACAGGAAAGGAGAAAAAGGACUGGAAAUUCGGUUGAAAAUUUUGCUUCACCCAAUUAGAAAUCUAUUUGAAAUUACUUUAUGCAUUUUGUUUGAACAGAAAGAAGUGAAAAAAAUUAGACUAGGUGACUCAACCUGAAGGGUCAUCAAUUAAAUCCUUUCUUCCCUUUAGAACAGUGCAUUGUCAAAUGAUUACAUCUCAGUAUCAAGUGGGAAAACAAUGGCUUUCUUAUCUACAAGGAAAAAAGCAUGUAGAGAAAGUAAUCCGUAAUACUGUAGAAUUUAAUAGAAGCCCUCUGUGCUGGGAAAAAUGGCAGCAGGACAGACUUUGAAUAGAGUCACCUUGAUUCUUGCUGUAAUUAGUGCAAGGCCUUGCUUGAGACCAUAACUCUGUUCUGAAGUGACAGCCUUACAAUAUGUGAACCCAGCUGCGCGAGGUGUGAAUGAUCUUGUAAGGGCACUGCACAUUCAGAGCCGAAUAGUUUCAAGAGCUGCCUUUACAGUUAAUUUCUAAUACAGUGGGUUGGGCAAGGAACUACAGCUGGAAGUUCUCCAGGGUCCUGCAGUUCUCUGAAAGGACCUCCAUCUCCUUGAAGGUCCGUAAAGUGCACUAAUCCAGAUGGCCGUGAUGGACACUGUUCAGGAAAGGUAUCACCAGGACAUACCUCAACUGCUGACCGAACACAGCGUACAUGGCACAGAGGGGAAGAUGACAUGAGGAUUUGUAAGCAUCUGGGCUGUUUGUUUGUUUGUUUUGUCUGGGUUUUUUAGUUCCUCCUUCUUUUGCUCAAACAUAGUCAUUGUAAAACUGGAAUGUUUUACUCAGUUGCAUGCUGGCCAGCUGUCAUUUUUAAUAUCAGUUGCAAAGGUAUGUGAAGAGAGGUGUGUUGUUUUGGUAUACUUUUGUUUUUAAUAACACAUGAACUUUGUACUAUGCUUUAUUAUUUCUUGUUCAAUAAAUAGUCCUGGUAUCUCUGUGUUUCAUGUCUAAUUUUGGAGAGCAGAGCCAUACCUAUACCAAGGCUCUCUCAAUUAGGUGGGCAUUUUGUUCGUUUAGUAGAAAUAAUGCAUGAUUCCUUUCGCAGUGAUGGUUUGAGGGACAAAAAAUUUCUUAAUUUUAUAUGUAUUACAAUCUUCUAAAAACAGGUAAAAAUGUACUGUGAUUUAUUUAUAUAAAUCUAGUCUGAACAAAUAAGUUUUGAUCUUAAUAAAAACUCUGUAAGAAAUUGUGCAA